AUGGCAUUAUCUGUAAGGUACCAUGCAAACAAUAUGAAAAAUAAGAGACCAACAUUUAGUGACGAGGAUCAUGACGGAGAUAGUGCUGGAUAUGAAACUGAUAAUACUUAUGAAUCUAUUCAUUUUAUUCCCAACAAAACUCCACAAGUUGUUCCUUAUCAAUGUGUUGAUAUUAAAAGACUCAUCAACCAAAGACACAACUUGGAAUCCAGACCUCGAGACGUUGAAGUUGAAUUGGCCCGCCAUGAGGACAACUUACUGCGAGGUUAUAAAUACGAGUUCUGGAGGAAGUCUAACGAAGGAAACAGAAGGCCAAAAACUUUAGAUCUCGGGCAAAAACAAAUCAGCGAUGGAGUCACAGUAGAAAAUAUGUACAAUGCUAAACUAUCGUGUAGAAAUGAUAGAGUUUAUAGCAAAUGUGGUCCAGGUAGAGGUCAGGUCAUUGGACAAAAUACCAAAAACAAACACCACGUUGAAUUGUAUGGUCGUCAUUUCGGUUUAGUUGGAACCAUUCCUUACAAUGAAGAUGGUUUAUAUGGCUUUACAUCGGAAAGAUAUGGUUUUGGUGAAAUCCUUUACAAACCUUGUAACGAAUUUUACCAUUCGUCUGUUGAUAGAAAUAGAGAUUUGUUAGAGAGAUAUGGUUAUGAUGUUAAUGAUACAGACUAUGUUCUGAAUGAUCCUCGUGAAGCUGUCAAUGAUGUGGAGAGAAAUGGCUAUGAAUUUGGUGGAAAUGAAACUGAUAAUACCUAUGAAUCUAUUAAUAUUCAGUCAGAUUUAAGUGAAUUUACAAGACAUAAUAUUAGUUUUAUGAGGUGUUUAUUAGAGAAAUGUCUAAUAUUAUAUCAUGAGAGAUGUAAAGAAAGAGGUAUAUUUCAUUUCAAUAUCAUCCACAAUAAUCAGGCAAUGGUUCAAAAUGAGAUUUAUAUUAAAGAAUUUUUUAACUGGAUGAGUAAAAUGUGUAAUUUAAAAGUGUUUCAACUAAAGUAUUUUUGUAAAAAGUCACAAUUUAAAAGUGAAUCAGAAUUAGGGAAUGUGGAAGGUUUAAAUUGA